CACGCUUCCCGGCAAUUCCCUCAGGCAGCCUUGACAACCCAUUGUCAAGCAGGGGCGCUUAGGGAUCUGUGUUCGUUGCGACUCGUUCAUAAUUUCUUCUUAUCGCUUGAUUUCUUGCUGAGCCAAUUUCCCAUGUAUCCCUUGAUUCUCUUUGCUUUGGCCUCCAGUCUUGUCAAACUCAUUGGCGCCACUGCGCCCGAUCCCUUGGCGGUUACGUUGGUAAGGCAGCAAUUCUUCAACGCGCAUAUCCCUCAGGAUGUAUUAGAGGGUGGAUUUAGCCCAAGUGCGCUUGUCAACUUGAGCUUUGGCUCUGUCGGACAAAUCUCGACCGGCCAGGCUUUGACUGUACGUGAUGUUGGUUCACAGCCCAAUGUUGUGGUUGAGAAAAUUUUCAUGAACAAUGCGAUCAAAUAUACCAUAUUGAUGUUGGACUUGAGUUACCCUGGCUCGAGUAACACCUCGGGAUACAACCUUCAUUGGCUUUCUAACAAUCUCGUACUUGGAAACGAUGGUACAUUGUCCAGUGGAACUGUGGUAAUCCCUUACGCUGGACCAAACCCUCCAUCGGGCGAUGGUCCUCAUCGAUACACAGUAUUUCUCUUUCAACAGCCCACGACCUUCGUGGCCCCCUCCUCUCCCAAGCCCAAUUCGGGGGUACAAAUAUUCAACUUGACAUCAUACAUGUAUGCUUCCAACAUUGGGUACCCCAUCGGAGGAAAUUACUUCACCGUGGAGGUUGGCACCGCAACCGUCAGCAUUCUACCGACAACUUCCGUAGACCCUUCAACAUUAACGUCAACAACGGAGCCCCUGAAAACAAUUUCAACUGGAAAAUAUCAUACAACAACUACUAAGGGUAGUGGAACCGCAUUGAUUACAAGCUUCGGCUCUGUACCUGGUGCAUUGUCAAGUAUUUUCUUGUUUGUCAUGUUUAUUUUCCAAGUAAUGUGACGUCUAGAUAUUAUGCUCCCUGGGAGUGGGGAGGGGACUGGAGCUGUACUUUUUUUACGACCUUCUUCCCGGACUCUGUUGAGACUCAAUUUUCUCCGUUUGACGCCCACGUCAUGUAUAUGAACCCAUUGCUUGCCCCCUCCCACUGACCCGUUUGCUGAGCCGUUCACGAAAUCCCUUGUCCUCUUCCUUCAUCGCUUGCCCUUGCGUUCGUGUGCCAACAUUGCCAUUAUUUACGAGUCCCUCAACAUUUCGAAUCCGCAACAUCCACCUUGUCGCAGAGUCUGAUACUGGAGUAAAGCGCCGGACAACAAUAUAUAAUUGCAUAAAGAUAAC